UUCCAGUGGCUCAGGAGUCUGAACUCCCUUCUGUGACCCCUUAGCUCUGGGAACUACAUUUCCCAGAAGGCCUUGCGCUGAGUGGAGGCACUGACAGGUCAAGAUGAAAGCGUUGCCUGGAGAGCUCCCGGCCUGGAGGCGGGACUUCCGGCCUCUCGGCAGCCGUCCAUCUUUGCAGGUUGGCCCGAGUGGAUUCUGGCGCCAGAGCCCCUUUUCAGGUAACAAAGCGGCGGGGCGCCGAAGAGGCGUGGUCCUCAGUGCACGGGUCCGAGGCCGCGGGCCGGGGAAGGGACCGUGAAGCCUACGCCGGCUCCCCGCAGAGUCUGAUGGCGGCGGCGGCUGCAAGGCGCCCGGCUGAGGCCGGCGUGACCCUGGAGGACGUGGCCGUGCGUUUCUCCGGGGAGGAGUGGAGGCUGGUGGACGAGGCUCAGAGACGCCUGUACCUACGGGUGAUGCUGGAGAACUUUGCACUUGUCUCCUCUCUGGGUUGCUGCUGUGGAGCCGACGAUGUGGAAGCACCCCGUGAACAGAGGGUUUCUGUGGGAAUCUCACAGGGGAAGAAUCCCCAGGCAACCUCGUCUUCCCAGAAGAGACACCCCUGCGAGAGUUGCGGGCCGGUCUUGAGGGACAUUUUCCACUUGGUUGAGCAGCAGGGGACACAGCACAGCCAGAAAUUGCUGAGGUGUGGGGCGUGCACAAAACGGUUUUAUUUCAGUGCAAAGUGUCACCAGCCAGAAGAGCAGCACAUGGGAGAGGAGCCCUUCAGAAGUCGUGCGGACAAGGCCUCAUGCGUGACGAGCGGCAGCACCCACCUGUCAGGGAAGACCGUGACCUCUGAGCAGGUUGAGAGGGACUUCCUGCCCAGCUUGGGACAUCGGCAGCCACAGCUCACUCAAACCAGGGAGGAGCAAACCAAAGUCACCCCGUGUAUAACUCCACAGAACAGAAUAAGCCUUGGCCCUUCUGGAGAAGGCAAGAAAGAUUUCAACCCCCAACGCAUGCUUGCUCAGGACCAGAAUGUCCAUACGGCAAGACCGUGUUUUGCGUCCAGUGAGUGCGGAAAACCGUUCAGGUACAAAUCCUCAUUUGUUAGGCACCCCAGAGUCCGCACAGGAAAGGGUUUUCACGUGUCUGGCGAAAACGGAAAAUUUCCCCGUGGAAGCUCAGCCCUCAGUCAGCAUCGAAAAAUUCAUCCAGGUCCCAGGCAGUCCAAGUGCAGCAAAUGUGGAAAAUCCUUCAGCCACAAGCCUGUCUCCAUUUAUCCCCGGGUUCGGCACAGCGGAGAGAACAGUUACAUGUGCAGCGAGUGUGCGCAAUCUUUUAGUCGUGGCUCAGCGUUCAUUCGCUAUCAGAGAGUUCAAACCGGUGAGAAGCCUUAUAAGUGUACCUACUGCGCCAAAUCCUUUACCUCUAUCGCGGGCCUCGGUUAUCAUCAGAGCUCUCACACGGGGAAAAGACCUUACGUGUGCAGUGACUGUGGGAAAUCUUACAUCACCCCGAUGGCCCUCCGCUACCAUCACAGUGUUCACACCGGAGAAAGGUCUUACGACUGCGGCGAGUGCGGGAAAUCCUUUAAUAACAGGUGGAAGCUUGUUCGCCACCAGAGAAUUCACACAGGAGAAAAGCCUUACGCCUGCGGUACCUGCGGCAAGUCUUUCACCAACAGCUUCACCCUGCGGUAUCAUGAGCAAGGCCAUCUGGGAAAGAGGCCUUACGAGUGCAGCGAGUGCCGGAAAUGUUUCACCACGAGCUCCGGCCUUCGUUACCAUCUCAGCCUUCACACAGGAUCGAGGCCGUAUAAAUGCAGCGAGUGUGGCAAGUCCUUUAUCUGUCGAUCGACCUACCAGUCUCAUCAGAAAACUCACUCGGGAGAAAAGCCCUAUGAGUGCAGUGACUGUGGGAAAUCUUUCACCCGGCGAAGUAGCCUCCUUUAUCAUCAGAGAGUUCACACUGGAGAAAGGCCCUUUGAGUGCAGUGAAUGUGGGAAAUCGUUUACCAGGAUCUAUGCCCUUCAUUGUCAUAAGAGAGUUCACACAGGGGAACGGCCUUACGAGUGCAGCGAGUGUGGAAAGUCGUUUCCCACAAGCAGUAGCCUCGGAAAACACCGGAAGGUUCAUCCUGGAGAAAGGCCUUAUGAGUGCGGCGAAGUUGGGAAAUCUUUUGCCGGUAGUGACAUCUUCUGUUACCAUCAGAGAGUUCACGCAAGAGAGAAGCCUUUCAAAUGCAGCCAGUGUGGGAAGUCUUUCUCCUCUGGUGCCUCCCUCCGUUAUCAUCAGCGAGUUCACACAGGAGAAAGGCCGUACGAGUGCAGCGAAUGUGGGAAGUCUUUUAUAUAUAGUUCCAAACUCCGCUAUCACCAGCGAGUUCACACCGGCGAACGGCCUUACGAGUGCAGUGAGUGUGGGAAGUCUUUUAUAUAUAGUUCCAAACUCCGCUAUCACCAGCGAGUUCACACGAGUGAAAAACCUUAUAAGUGUGGCGAAUGCGGGAAAUCGUUUAUCUACAGUUCUACGUUUCGUUACCACCAGAGAGUUCACACUGGUGAGAGGCCUUAUAAGUGCAGUGAAUGCGGGAAGUCUUUUAUCUAUGGCUCCAAACUUCGUUACCAUCAGCGAGUUCACACUGCCGAAAGGCCUUAGGUGUGCUGGGAAUGAGCAAUUUCCUGUUUGGUUAACAACACUUGAGGAGGAAACAUUUUGGGGAGUCAUUUGUCUGAAUUGAAACUCUUAUAUCUGAAUCUGCGCAGUGGGGAGACUCCCCGUAAGUUGUAUUUAUGUUGGAAGUGUGUGUAAGUAUUUUUCUCGUUCUGACUUUCCCAGGCCUUCUUCCUCUCGGCUUAUGGUGCUCCUAAAUUCUGAGGCUAAUUCCUUCCACUUUUCCCACCUGGCAGGUCCACAGACUUAGCGAUAGUCAACACCCUAAUGUGCUUAUGUACGCUGACCUCUGGUCUCAUGUAUAUUGUGGGAAAAUGGAAAUGACCAGGGGGUCAGCUUUCCUAUUUGGACUAAUUUGGACACGGAGAAGCUGCAGUAAUGAAUUGCAGCUUGCAGAGGAAUGACUAUGUGUUCAUCGAGGGUGAUAAUUUGUGAUGAGCUAUUCCACCGUCCAGUGUAUGAACUUGGAACUGUCUGCUGCUCAUGACGUUAGCUUAUACAAUAAUUCAGAAUUUACUCUUUGUAAAAAUAUUUUGUUAUUUAUUUUUGAGAGAGGGAGAGAAGGAGAGAGAAAC